CCGCCGCUCAUCACCAUCAGAGCAUGCUACAUCCCUGCAAUAACUCUGCUGAAAAAACAUACCUACGCAAGUGUCUCACCACUAAGGGACCAAUUAAUUGCACGAGCGUUGGAACUCUCUUCAAUACCUUACCUUACCUUACCUUACCUCGUAGCUUGCCAUACACAACUUCGCAAUCUAAUAGACCCUUGUGGAAAAUGCGCUACUAGGUCUAGAGUCAAACAACAACAACAACAACUACGACCAAACGACUUGCGCAGAUGAACCAUAUAUUUUUUCCAUCAUCAUCAUCAUCACCACCUUGUACAACAGAUUUCUCAUACAUUUUUGACAUUCAUCUUUUUCGCCCGUUGAACUGUUUAGAAUUCAUCUAGACCUACUUUAUUUCGCGCGAUUUGGGUGCUGAACUUAAUCCCCCACUUUUCAACGACGACGCCAUCUUCAACGACUCUGCGGACCUUCCUGCCCAUCUCUCUGGUACCUGCUUGAUCUCAUAACGGUCAUCACCCAUCAGCCAUGAGCGCCUCAGCAUCCGUCGCACGCCGCGCCGUGGUCAUGAACCCUUUGGUGGGCAAUGGCCGCGCGCUUCCACGAUCAGUCCUCAGGGCCUCCCAAGCUCACCUCGGUCGCCAUUCUCGGAACCUCGCUUUGCAGAACCCGGCCAUAGCACUGCUUAUACCCGUGCGAAGCCUCUCGACAGAUACACACACAUCCGGAAGAGGCGUUUCUUCCGUCCCUCCGCCCGGUUUCAACGCAGAUAAGGCUAAGAACCCGCUGCCGAAGGAGGAGAAACCAAAAGACAAGGAUGCUACUGGGAAGGCACCGGUAUCUGCCGAUUCGGCGGCGGUCAAGGCUACAGUGGUUGCCGAACCAUCCGAGAACUCGGCUUCGCUUACAGAACUAGCAGCCGACAAGGCGGCCGAGAAGAAGGACGAGCCCAAGAAGGAGGAGAAGAAGUUGACGUUAGGCCAGAAGAUCAAGAAGGAGGUUCAGCACUACUGGGAUGGAACCAAGCUGCUUGCCGCUGAGGUCAAGAUCAGCAGUCGCCUUGCACUAAAGAUGGCCGCAGGCUAUGAGCUUACCCGUCGUGAGAGCCGCCAGCUUCAGCGAACUGUCCAGGAUCUUGGCCGCCUGGUCCCAUUUUCGGUCUUCAUCAUCGUCCCAUUCGCGGAGCUGCUGCUCCCUGUGGCUCUCAAGCUCUUCCCUAACCUUCUGCCCAGCACGUACGAGGGCCAGAAGUCGAGGGAUAAGAAGACGAACGCGCUCCGGGCCACCCGGAAAGAGGUCAGCGGCUUUUUGAGGCAGACGUUGAAAGAGACGGGUCUGCCUGUAACGGCGGCGACCACCCAGAGGGACGAGUUUACAAACUUCUUCCGCAAGCUCAGGUCGACGGGCGAAAAGCCGACGGCGGAAGACGUCAUCAGGGUCUGCAAGAUUUUCCGGGAUGACUUGACGCUGGACAACCUCUCAAGGCCGCAGCUUGUGUCAAUGUGCCGUUAUCUGAACCUGAACACGUUUGGCACGGACAUGAUGCUCAGAUACCAGAUCCGACACAGGAUGCGACAGAUCAAGCGCGACGACAAGGCCAUCAGCUACGAGGGUGUUGACAGCCUGACUGUUGCGGAACUGCAGACAGCGUGCCAGAGCCGCGGCAUCAGGACCCACGGUAUCUCCCCUGCUAGGCUACGAGAGGAUCUUCAGACAUGGCUGGACCUUAGGCUCAAGGACGGUGUGCCAUCGACGCUGUUGGUUCUGAGCAGCGCCUACAUGUACAGCCAGAGCAGCUCAUCGGCUGCAGCGGAAGAUGGUGAGGUUUCGGACCAGAUCGAGGCACUGACGGGCGUCUUGUCAUCGAUCCCCGAGGAACUUUUCCAUGAAAUCGAGUUGGAGGUGCACAACGCCGAGGGUGCGGCAACGAACAAGCAGCGUCUCGAGGUCCUCAAGGAGCAGCAAGAACUGAUCGAGGAGGAGAACGAGCAGAACCAGGGUAACGAGGAGACGGGGUUGGCGACACCCCGCGACGUGGAUGACAUUGACGAAAAGGACGAGCGCGAGUUGCAGGCGGCCAAGGAAGCCGCGACAGAAGAACUCGGAGGUGUCGAGAAACAGCAGGUCGGAGACAUGGUGGAGGCAGAGCAAAUUACUCCAGCUGCUGAAAAGACGGCCAAGAAGAGUGAGAAGUAGAAUGCGACAUGAGAACAGCAUACUGCAUGCAUCCAUCUCCUUUGUAAUUUUUUGGGAGGUUCUUGGUUUUUUUUUUUUAUUCUCGAUAAAACGUGUAUUUUUUUUUAUUCUUUUUCUUCAGAGGGAACCCCUCUCUCGGUGUCUUACUCACAUUUUUUUUUUAUCGACCGACUGGCCUGUUUAAGUGGUGGGCCACCGAGGCAGGUUAUGUAUGUACGUGGAAACUAUUGCAUGGAGUCAGGAGGCGGAAAUCAGGAUUCAGACAUAGAUGGAGAGAAUCUCUAUACAAAACUCCACUUAUAGAAUCGGUACUUUGGGCCAUUAUUUCUAGUAUAUUCGGGUAUUUUUGUUUGUUUUGGCGGGCUCUGAAUGAUAUUGCUGUGGUAUUGUUUUUGUCUUGCUUUGGAAGUUGGUUGAGUCUGCAGCAACUUGUUCUAACGUUUUUUUCAGGGGCAGUCACCGAGCACAUACCACCGACUUCAAAGCAAGACAUGCCAACAACCACACCACACUCGUGUGUUGCCAUCACCACAAGCAAACAAGCGUGCGCAAUGUAUGCAUGCAUUGCAGCCUCAGCUUACUUUACUACCGAGAUAGUCCAACCAACAUACGACUUUUUUUUUCUUCAAAGGAAAGCUUUCAGCCGGCAGUCAAACAUGACCUUAUUAUGGUGUCCGAUUGG